AGAUUCUUGAUCAAGUGGCGUUGAAACCAAGAAAUAUAUAAAUUUAAUAUUUACAAUUUGCUGUGUUUUUGAUAUACUGGCAUGCAGUUUGCCCCUACUAUCAAUGCAAACUGUCCUACCCUCCGUAGAAGAUUUUUUUUAUCUUUCUCAAUUUCUGCCUUCUCGAUAAUGACCAAAAUACCUUUUUUGACGCAAUGGCAGCCUUCGUCCAUGGUGAUUAAGCCGAUCUCAAAAAUGCUUAUGUUGUAAAGCAUUCGUAUGAUUUCGAGGCUGGCCGCCUCGAAAAGGACCUUGGUCAUGUUGUGGUCAACGAUAAGACUCUCGUUUCGAUGGGCGAAUCCAAAGAAGUAAUUCUAAUGAGAGAGCUUCAGGAGAAGAAAGGCUUCCUAUAUAAGCUGUGAUAUGGUGAAGAAUAGCUUGACGAGAAGAUAGGAAUUGAGAUACAAGGAAUUGAUCGGAUAUAUGAAAAGGACAAGCAACCUCUAUCUAUUCUCAAUAUCUUCUUUCUUUAAUGGUCAUUUAUAUAUUAUAUUGAUACCCUUCCAAUUAGUCCUUUAGGACCGGACCCCGAAGUCUAUGGUCUAUCUCUCGAUGUAUCUGCCAACGCAAUUGUUGUCGCAACUAUUUGGGAGCUGCUUCUACAGCUUACUGUGGUACUUUGGGUCCAAGGGUAAAUGUUAUACUAAUAUUUAUAAUAUAUAAAGACCAGGCUGACAAUACUCAAACUCAGUCUACGUGCUAUCUCGACUUCUCGAUACUCCUUCGGUUUCUAUAACACAAAGCUUUGCUCGCUUCUCAACAUCAUUGAUGAAGGUUUCAUUAUAAUCAAAAUAGUUAUUGCAUCUGGAUGGUGUUCAAUAAUUUCGGAUUACUAUUGCAACUAUCCUGCAAAUAUCAAGAACUGGAAGAUUUUCAUCCUUAUUAUCUUGGGCAUCUCAUUCCCUAUAGUGUUCGUAAUCGUUAUCGGCAUAUAUAUCGGAAACGCUGUAUUCGCAUCAACAGCCAACCCAGUCCUUACAGAAGCCUAUACAAAUCACAGAUUUGGCGAUCUCCUUCUUGAAUUCUAUUAUUUCUUUCGCUUUACUAAAUUCUGCUUUGUACUCCUUGUGUUUUUUAUUAUUGAAAACAAUAUUACAGUAAACUAUUCUAAUAAUCUCUUCUUUCAACUUCUCAAUUACUAUUUCUAUACUAUCUUUUGUUUCGUUUGGUUCUUCAUCAAUGCACUUGUCAUCGUCGUCUUGGCUAUUGUCGGCUACUCGUAUUUAUCCAGCAUUGUCAGCAAUUUUGUAUCCCUGCUGGGUUACUGGACCGUCUUAUUCAUAUUUAUCUUAUUAAUCAAAGACAUCUGAUUCUGUUGUAAAGAAGGUUAUAAUCUGAAUAUAUAGGACAUAUCUAGUAAAUUACCCUAAGGUUAACCGUCAUCAUAUCACUCUUGAUUGGAUACCUUGCUGGUGGUUUACCCGGUACAGUCGAGGUGGAGAGAUUUCAAUAUAGGCAAGGCAGGCAAGAUAAGGUAAUGGUUUGCCUAAAUACAGUAAGGAGUGCGCUGAGCUAGGUACAAGUUCAAUCCAUCAAUCAUCUGAAGUAUCAUGAUGGAGAUUAGCUGGCUAAGUAGAUAUCCAUACUCUCCCCGCUGUUGCAUGCAGAUCAAGCAGGUGAUUGCAACGUGGAGAGUGGCU